AUGUGGGGUCGCCAUGAGGGUGUCUCACCACUAGUGAGCCUCAUGAGAAAUCUCCAACAUCUUAAACCUACCCUCCGUAGGCAUUUUGGUAGGCAUAUCCACAACCUAAGUAAGGAGGUGCACAAUGCAAAGGAGGCCAUGGAUAGGGCUCAGAGAGAGGUAGAACGUAAUUCUAUGUCGGAUGUCUUGAGUCGCCAAACAGGCCUUGCUACUGAGACCUUCUGGACAGCAGUUAGAUUGGAGGAAGCCUCUCUUCGUCAGAAAUCCAGAAUUCGAUGGUUAGAACUUGGUGAUCAGAAUACGGCCUUCUUUCAUCGAUCUGUUCGUUCUCGUAUGAGUCGUAAUUCUCUGCUAGUUGAUUCAGAUGGCUCAAGGGUUUCUUCACAUGAUGGGGUGGUUCAGCUGGUUCCUAUUAGCCGAGAGGAAGUUAGGAGGGUCUUGUUCUCUAUGGAUAGUGGAAAGGCUCCUGGUCCUGAUGGGUUCUCUGUUGGAUUCUUCAAAGGUGCCUGGUCUAUGACUUGUUAUCUUCAACUAGGAGUUAAUGCUACUACUAUUACCCUCAUUCCUAAGCUUCGUGGGGCUGAGCGUAUGGAGGAAUUUCGGCCUAUUUCUUGUUGUAAUGUGAUAUACAAAUGCAUUUCUAAGAUUCUGGCUGAUAGGAUAUGUGUGUGGCUUCCUUCUUUUAUUAGUAGUAACCAGUCUGCUUUUAUGCCUGGGAGGAGUAUUAUUGAUAACAUUUUGCUUUGUCAGGAACUGGUUGGGGGUUAUCACCUUAAUUUUGGUAAACCUCGAUAUACUUUGAAAGUUGAUCUCCAAAAAGCCUAUGACUCUGUUAAUUGGGAUUUUCUGUUUGGAUUGUUGAUUGCUAUUGGUACUCCUUUGAAGUUUGAAAGGUGUAAGGCAAGGAAAAGCUCUAUUUUUGUUGCGGGGGUUAGUCAUGAGGCUGCUUCUCAUCUGGCUGCUAGUAUGGGUUUUGGCCUUGGAAAUCUCCCUGUUCGCUAUCUUGGGCUUCCUUUACUUACUGGUAGGUUACGUUCUAAUGAUUGUGCUCCUCUUAUUCAGCGUAUCACUAGUUGGAUUCGUUCUUGGACUGCUCGAGUUCUAUCUUUUUUUGGUACAUUGCAGCUUGUUCGUUCUGUGCUCCACAGCCUUCAAGUUUACUGGGCUAGUAUGUUUGUUCUUCCUGCGUAUGUGCAUAAUGAGGUGGAUAAGAUACUGAGGUCUUAUCUUUGGAGGGGUAAGGAGGAAGGUAGAGGGGGUUUUAAGGUGGCAUGGGUGGAAGUGUGUCUCCCCUUUGAGGAGGGUGAACUUGCAAUUCAAGAUGGGCCUUCUUGGAAUAUUGCGAGGGGUCCCAUUCUUGAGCAGGUUGGAGAAAGGGUGUUUUAUGAUGCGGCGAGUCGGAGGGAGGCUAGACUUUCUGAUUUUAUUGGCCUAGAUGGGGAAUGGCAAUGGCCGCGAGUGUCUAUGGAGUUAAUUGAUUUAUGGGAUAGGGUUCAGGCUGUUAGUCCGUGUCUUAGUGUUAGGGAUAGAUGGGUUUGGAUUCCUGGUCGUCAGGGUGGUUUCUCUAUUGCAAGUACAUGGGAAACUAUUCGUCCUAGGGGUGGUCGGGUUCGUUGGGCUAGUUUAUUGUGGGGUGGGGAAAAUAUCCCAAAGCAUUCCUUUUGUGCGUGGUUGGCCAUUAAAGAUAUGUUGGGCACUAGAGAUAGAUUGCAUAGGUGGGAUAGUUCGGUAUCGAUGUGUGCAUUCUUUGUCAGGGGGUGUUGA